AGUUCAAUCUCAACCAUACGGCGAAGAUUUUAUAAUACAUAAAAAAGAAUGUGUCGGCCACGUUCAAAAAAGAAUGGGCAAACGAUUACGUGAUGUUGUUAAAAACACAACAGUAGAGAAGGAAAUAAAAACAGGAAAAAAAGCUGGUCAAAAAUGAAAGGAGCAAAAGUCUCGGCGGAAAAGGAAAACUUACUGGAAAAACAAUAGACAAAUUAACGGUAUAUUAUGGCUUAGCAAUCAGAAGAAAUUGUGAUUCGGUGAAAAAAAUGAAUGAUGCGAUUUGGGCGACCUUUCUUCAUUACAAGUCCACGAACGACGAUCCACAGCAUCAUAAAUGUCCUGCCGGCGCUGAGUCUUGGUGCGAAUAUCAAAAAGCUUUGGCCACCACUGGAAUAGAAGAUUUUCACCACAGCUAUGAACCUUUUCCGGAUGAGGUGAUAACAGCAAUCGAGCCAAUUUAUGAAGAUUUGAGCAAAAUCGAGCUUCUACAACGUUGUCUUGGUGGAUUUACCCAAAACAACAAUGAAAGCCUUAAUCAACUUAUUUGGAGAAUUAGUCCAAAAGUUUUAGCCAGCAGCCCUACGAUAAUAGAAAUUGCAGCAAAUGCAGCUGCUUGCACCUUCAAUGAAGGUUAUAUUGCAUUGCUAGCAUUUCUUGAAGAGAUGAAAAUCAACGUCGGCCCAAGUGCUCAUGAAUAUGUAAAAACAUUCGACGAAUCUCGAAUUUUGAAAGCUGAAGAAAAGGCUGCGCUUCAGACAAAAGAAGCUAGAAUUCUGAGAAGAAUGGAGCAAAAAGAUGCUUUAGAUCUCGCAGAUGCAGCAGGAACAUUGCUUUAUGGUGCUGGCAUCGACGACUCUAUAUGAUUCUACGAUUUUUAAUCCGGGGCACCGUAAAAGGAUGAACUCUUGACAUGGCCUGACUGAAGCAGCAGCAACUCCGUUA